GUGCGGGGACCCAGGGCAGCGAUGGGGGUGGAUGCUGGGAGCAGGCAGUGAGGCGGGACCACCAGCCGCGACUUUGGGGUGGAGAGAAGCGAAGCUCUGGAGGCAGAAUCGGCAGCACCGCAUACGGAUGUGUCUGUGGGGAAGGGCGGGGGAGGUUGUCAGCACCCGCCCUCCCGGGGUGGGCGAGGCUGCGAGGGGUGGUAAGGUCAGUCACUGAGGCCCGGGGCGGGGGCGGGGUGGGGCACGGGCCUGGGCAGAGCCGAAAUUGGAACAGCUGGGCUUGGGCCCGGGCUCUCCUGGGGAGACCGACAGGCGGCAGGGGGCGCAGGCCGGGCUCUCCGGAGGCGCCGGGGCUGCAGGGGAAGGGUCUGGGGAUUCAGUUAAGGGCCCCGUGUGAGGCCUUGGGGCCUGAGCUCAACCGGGGUGAACAGAGGGCCGAGGCGGCGCUGGGGGCGAGGAUGGGGAGCCCGGCCCGGCCGGGCCGCGCCUCCCCGUCGUUCUCGGGCGAGCCCUGCCGUCCAGCGGUGUCCGUGGUGUGCGUUGGGGGAACCCCGAAGCCUGCAGGUCGUCGCCUCGCCCGGCGGCGGCGGCGCGGGGGUCCUCUCGCGGCACGUCCGGCCCUGACCCCCAGCGCGGGUUCCCGGUAAGGUGCGAGCGCUCGGACCGCCCCGCCGGGUGGGGCGCACGGAGCGCGGGGCCGGCGGCGGGGCGGAGGGGGCGGGCUUGGCCGAGGCACCACCCCCGCCCCCGCGCCGCCUUCGUCCCGCCCGCCGGCCGGCAGAGCUCGAGACCCCGGCUCAGACGCGCGGUCCGGGCGCUCGUGGCAGCGCGGCUGGGCCGGGUGGCGAUGCCGCUGGAGCUGACACAGGCCGCGCUGUACGUGGUGCUGGAGCUGGCGCUGGCCGCGCUGGCGGUGGCCGGCAAUGUGCUGGUGUGCGCGGCGGUGGGCGCCUCGAGCGCGCUGCAGACGCCCACCAACUACUUCCUGGUGUCCCUGGCGGCGGCCGACGUGGCCGUGGGGCUCUUCGCCAUCCCCUUCGCCGUCACUAUCAGCCUGGGCUUCUGCACCGACUUCCACAGCUGCCUCUUCCUCGCCUGCUUCGUGCUGGUGGUCACGCAGAGCUCCAUCUUCAGCCUCCUGGCCGUGGCCGUCGACAGGUACCUGGCCGUGCGCGUCCCGCUCAGGUAUAGGAGUCUGGUCACUGGGGCCCGAGCAAGAGGGGUCAUUGCUGUCCUCUGGGUCCUCGCCUUGGGCAUCGGCCUGACCCCGUUCCUGGGGUGGAACAGUAAAGACCGUGCCGCCAACUGCACGGAGCCCUGGGACGGAACCACAAACGCAAGCUGCUGCCUUGUGAAGUGUCUUUUUGAGAACGUGGUCCCCAUGAGCUACAUGGUGUACUUCAAUUUCUUUGGGUGCGUCCUGCCCCCGCUGCUCAUAAUGCUGGUCAUCUACGUCAAGAUCUUCCUGGUGGCCUGCAGGCAGCUCCGGCGCAUGGAGCUCGUGGGCCACUCGAGGACUGUCCUCCAGCGGGAGGUCCACGCGGCCAAGUCCCUGGCCAUGAUUGUUGGGAUCUUUGCUCUGUGCUGGCUGCCGGUACACGCCAUCAACUGUGCCUCGCUCUUUCAGCCAGGCUGGGCCAAGGAGAAGCCCAAGUGGGCCAUGAACACGGCCAUCCUCCUGUCGCACGCCAACUCGGUCGUCAAUCCCAUUGUCUACGCCUACCGGAACCGAGACUUCCGCUACACUUUCCACAAAAUCAUCUCCAGGUAUGUUCUCUGCCGGACAGACGUCCACAAGAGUGGGGAUGGGCAGGCAGGGGCGCAGCCUGCUCUCCAGGUGGGCCUGUGACCGAGGCUCCUCUGGCCUGUUCGAGGAGAAGGCACAAGUUCAGUAACAAAGGGACAGGGCAUGGCUGGCGGAUUCUCACUGGAAGGACAGCUACACCUCACAGGCCAGCAGGUGGCCUCUUCGGAGCACUUCCCCGGAGGUACUACGUACCUGGUUAAUAUGCACACGUUACUCGUAGGUCCCGAGGGUCGGCAGAUGUGUUUACGGUUCUCUGGCUGCUCUGGCUGAUGAUGCCGACGACUUGAAUGGAUUGUAAAAGAGAGUUUUGUUUUCCUAAGAGUCUACCUCUUUCGUGGUAGAAAAUGACUGAAACUAUUUUACUGUGAAACACUGUGAACUAUUACAAUACAAAUACUUUUUAACUUAGCAGGCAAUGGAAAAAGUUGGACAUACUAAAAAUAUAUACUUGUUCUGGGGAAGGUGACCAGGAAAAUUAGAAGUAUAAUUCUUCAAUCAAGACACUGCCAUAUUAGGGAGAUGAUAGUCUCAUAAGUUCUUAAGUAGAAUGUCAUCAGAUGACGGGUUUGAUAACAGUCUUUUCCACGUACAGCAAACUACCCUAAAGGAAGAAACUGGAGAAGUGGGAUCCCUCCGCCACCAGAUUCUGUUUCCCCCUUCCAGAGCUAGAUAGUGAAUUUUACUUCUCUCCCAAGUUCAAGUUGGCCAAGUUGCUGGAAUCCAAAGUGAAAAUUUUACUAAGGAAAGUUAGAGAAUUGUGUUUAUGUAUGAGGUGAAAUAAAAAUAAAACUUAAAAAAAAAA